GCGAUUCUCCGGCAAAGAAAAUGACCACGACAAGAACCAGCCUCCUGUAGGAGAGGAAAGCCGCAUCAAAAAUGACUACUGGAGGGACGAAGACUCGAGAACGGUCCCUACGCCUACUGCUAGAAGGACAGGCAGACUAUCACUUUUCUCGUUCAAAGGGACGCACAACGAGCACGCUUCAGAGCAACCGAUCGAGGAAAGAGAACCGCUUCAAAAGAAGAUUUUGAAAGGGAUCAAAAGAGUGGCCACCCGAGGGGAACCAGUGAGAAGUUCCACUGCUCAUGGGCAGAUAGACCAUUCUCACGAACUUGAGUACAAAAGCCACAUGAAAACAAGGUGGUUGGUUGACGCAAACAUUUUAGGAUACCCAGUUGCAUUGGUCAUUGCCACAUAUUUCAUGUCUGAUGAGCACGGCACAAGAAGAGUGCCACUUUUGCUUCAAAUGCUUAGCUUGACGCUCACUGAUGUGAGUACUAAUGCGCAUACUAAAAAACGCAAAUUCAGAAUAGACCUCGAUUACGCAGUGGGGGGCCAGUAUUUAAGGUGGUCUUUAGAGAAGACUUCCCGAGAUUUGGCAGUUUUGCACAAUCGAUUGAGGCUCAUGAUUUUGCAAGAGAACGUGCUACAGAAGGGUCACAAGGAGAUCGAGCUCCCAAAAUUCCCUAAAUAUAAAAAUCAAACCACAUACUCAAAGCUAAAGCAAGGAGUCAAUAGAGUGGAAACCAACGCAUCGUCAUUGAUGUCGCCCAAUGAUGAAACCCCUACCGCAUACAAUCCCGUGAAUUCCUCGGAAUCCAGCGACGAUGAGGAAAAUGCCAGCAUGUUCUCCGUUCGUUCCAGCCUAAGAAGACAUGGGUUUUUUAAGCGCAAGCCAAACGAUAUUCUCGCCAACGAACAUUAUAGGGAUGCUAUGCAAGAGUAUCUGGAUAAUUUGAUUCGUACAUUCAACUUGCGCCCUCAAGCGAACCGUAUAUUCCAAUUUUUUGAACUGUCGCCAAUAGGAAUGCUCUUAUCGUACGAAACAGGAAGAAAGCGCAAGGAGGGCUAUCUGCUGAUUAAAACAACAGCGAAAGCUCAAGGAUGGAGAGUCGGGCAUCUGAAAGCCAGAGAACUGAAAGCCAUGGUUGAGCGCCACAUUGCAAAAUGGUUCAUACUGGGUCACAGUUACAUUAUGUACGUUGCUGACAUAAACUCCACAACUCCGCUGGAUGUAUUCCUCAUUGACAACAAUUUCAAAUUUACUCUUUCAGGCUUUGGUGAUGCUCCCGUCACAUUGCACAACUUAUCCGACUUUGUAAAGCAACAGCUCAAAGCGGAGGAAGAAGAUGACGACGAUGAUGAAGAUGGCUAUGUGGAAGAUCCUGCACCGAUGCACAAGUCUUAUUUGUCGUUAACCCUCGAAAACUCGGAACGGAAACUGAGUGUCGUCGGCAAGUCCGCAAAUCAGAUGAAGAGAUGGUGUGUUGCAAUCAAUGAAAUGGCAAAAGAGACCAUCUGGUCCAAGAAGCAUCGGUUUGAGAGCUUUGCACCUGUCCGUGAUAAUGUGUUUGCAAAAUGGUUUGUGGAUGCGAGAGACUACAUGUGGGCUGUUUCCGCAGCAAUAGAAAUGGCGAAAGAUGUGGUCUAUAUUCACGACUGGUGGCUUUCUCCAGAAUUGUAUCUCAGACGUCCUGCAAAUGGCAAUCAGGAAUGGAGAUUGGAUAGGCUGCUUAAACGCAAGGCAGAAGAGGGCAUCAAAAUUUUUGUCAUCGUGUAUAGAAAUGUUGCCAAUACCGUGCAGACAGACUCCCUUUGGACUAAACACUCACUGCUGGAUCUUCAUCCCAAUGUUUAUGUUCUAAGAUCUCCAAAUCAGCUCAUGCAGAAUGUCUACUUCUGGGCUCAUCACGAGAAACUUGUUAUCAUUGAUCACACAGUCUGUUUUGUGGGAGGAAUUGAUCUUUGCUAUGGCAGAUACGAUACUCCUGAUCACUCGGUGGUUGACGAUGCUCCAUAUGCAUUUGACCCGAUCCCUCCAAAUAGCUCAAGCUCUACAGGAAAUGCGUACCGCUACCAGAUUUAUCCUGGCAAAGAUUACUCAAACCCUAGAAUCUGCGACUUUUUUGAGCUCAACCAGCCAUUUGAAGACAUGAUCGAUAGACAAUCAGUCCCUCGAAUGCCAUGGCACGACGUCCAUAUGAUGACAUGCGGCCAUAUUGCUAGAGAUUUGUCGAGACAUUUUGUCCAGCGUUGGAACUUUCUAUUACGUCAGAAGCGCCCUUCAAGACUGACGCCAUUAUUGUUGCCUCCAAGGGACUUUACUGAGCAAGAAAUUCAAGAGUUAGGACUUACGGGUACUUGCGAAGUUCAAGUUUUGCGUUCAUCUUGCUCGUGGUCUCUAGGACUUCAGGAGCCCGAGCAAAGCAUCCACAAUGCAUACUUGAGACUCAUAGAGACGAGCGAGCAUUUUAUUUACAUCGAGAACCAAUUCUUUGUCAGCAGCCACGAGCAUGAUGGCGUAGUAAUCAAAAACAAGAUUGGCGACGCACUGGUUGAGAGGAUUAUACGUGCGCAUGCAAAUAGGGAGUCUUGGAAGGCAGUGAUAGUUAUACCCUUAAUGCCCGGUUUCAAGAGCCAGGUGGAUAGCAAAGAAGCAUCGUCGAUAAGGGUUAUUAUGCAGUGCCAGUACAUGUCUAUUUCCAUGGGAGAGACGUCCAUUUUUGCUAGACUGAGAAGGGCUGGUAUUAGACCUGAAGACUAUAUUCAGUUUUAUUCGUUGAGAAAAUGGGGAUACAUUGGGAGAAAAAGGUCUCUGACGACAGAGCAAUUGUAUGUUCAUGCGAAGACGAUGGUUGUGGACGACCGCAUUGCAAUUAUUGGUUCGGCAAAUAUCAAUGAAAGAUCGAUGAGAGGUACUAGAGACUCGGAGAUUUGCACGAUUAUUCGUGACAAAGAAAUGAUCGACACUUUUAUGGAUGGAAAGCCAUAUAAGGUUGCCAAAUUUGCUCACACUUUGCGAAUGCGGCAGAUGAGGGAGCACCUGGGUGUUGACGUCGACUUGUUAGAGCUUGUGGAACGAAGGUUCUCUCAGAUCGAGAAGUUUGCGUGUACUUCUGAAGGUCUGACCAGUGCCACCUCCAAAACAGGAGACAAAAAAUUAUCAGCAAUGGUCGAGCUCGCUGCUCGGUAUGUGCUAGAUCUACCUGAUGGAACACCGCGCUUCAAAUCAGAAUUAAGUGCUCAUCGGACCGCCGGUAGCGAGUUGACCAAGAAGCUCAUAGCUUCAUUCCACAAUGACUAUGAUGAUGCUCUCUCCGAUAAUUUGGACCAGAUUCCAUUUGUGUAUUCCUUUAACCAUAGAGCAGGUGAAGAGAAUCAAGGAAUCAGGGAGAAAAAGGCAUUUUCGAGCGAUUCGCGGGUUACCGACAAAGCCCAUAGAAAUGAGGUGAAAGGGAAUGGGCCGGACAAGUAUCAAUCGUCAACGCAUGUGAACUCCAAGUCGAGGAACACAAAGCUUCUUGCCGAAUGGGCAAGCUCGUCUUCUUCAGACAUUCACCAGACUCUUCCAUGCAUUGAAGAUGUGUUAGAGUUCAUCACCAGCGAUGAUGGAAACUUACCGAUAGACGUCCUCAACCAUCAAAGAUGGGAUAUGUUAAAGCGGUUGCAUUAUCUGCAGAAGCUUCUCAACAAACGCAAGCGGGAGUCGGAUAAUGCAUCUGCCAAUAACAAGGAAGAUAUCGGGAACUUUUCCUCGGGAACAGAAACCGGAUACCCUGAAAGUUCACUUAUGAAACAGCCUCGAUUUCCGGCCACUUCGCUUUCGGAUGCUGAUGUUGAAGAUCUGAGUACAAACUUUCUACCUAAAGUUUCACAAUUGUUUGUGGACCCUUAUUCUUUUGAAGACCCUCUGGAUAUUGAUUUUUAUGAAGGCUUGUGGAUGCCGCAAGCUCUGCGCAAUACAAUGAUCUACCAGAUUGUGUUCCAUGUUCAACCUGACGACACUGUUCAAACAUGGAGUGAUUAUAAAAUGUUCCAGGAAUUGAAGGAGUCGUUCCUCUUGCACCAAAGAGCCAGUCACGGUGGUGCUACUGCCGCCGAUGGAGAGCAUGGAACCACAGAGCUGAUGUCUCAGCAACUGAGUCCGGAGACAGCAAAUGACAAACCCGGAUCGAACGAUAGUGUGACAAGCUCAGCAGGCGUCCAGACCCAGCCUCCGUUGAGCUCCGAGACAGACGAGGCCCAGAUUGACAGUCUUCGCUACGCCAUCCGUCGGUCGAAAAUUGCCGAACUCGAAAGAUAUACGCGUCCUGGAGUCUCCAACAGUUACAACAGAUCCAAGUCCAAUCCGUUGCUGGGGGUUCCUUCGGUUUACGACUACGAGUCUGCCGAGAAGCUAUUGAAACUUGUCACGGGCCAUUUAGUCAUCUUCCCAACCAAGUGGCUUCAGAAAGAGGUUGAGUCAUCAAACUGGUUUUACACGGCGGAUAAGCUUCCUCCGGUACAAAUCUAUAAUUGACGUAAUCAUGUGUAAGGCAUUGCUAGAUUAGAAAAAUACCGG